GUGCGUGCAUGUGUGUCUGUGUGUGUGUGUGUGUGUGUGUGCGUGCGUGCGCGUUGUAUCUAAGUCCUGUGUGCAAUAAUGUUUUUCUGUCUGCUGAGGCUUAGUUCUCCAGCCUAUUGUUUGAGACAACAGAUAUAAGUUGCGAUGGGAGAGGAGCGUCGGAUUUGGUGUGUAUCCCCCACUUCCAAUUAUAGAUGGAUCAUUACAGACAGCGGAGUCCUGAGAAACCAGACAUCUGCUCCUCACAUGAAUGCACUCACCUCCUAGAGACCAGGCUGCCAUCAUGCUCUGGAAACUCGUGGAGAAUGUCAAGUACGAAGACAUCUAUGAGGACCGGCACGAUGGCGUCCCAAGCCAUAGCUCGAGACUGUCUCAGCUGGGCUCUGUGUCCCAAGGACCCUACUCGAGCGCCCCGCCGCUGUCCCACACACCAUCAUCGGACUUCCAGCCACCCUACUUCCCGCCUCCCUACCAGCCGUUACCCUACCACCAGAGUCAAGACCCGUACUCCCAUGUCAACGAUCCCUACUCCCUGAACCCUCUGCAUCAGCCCCAGCAGCACCCGUGGGGGCAACGACAACGCCAAGAAGUGGGUUCAGAAGCCGGCUCUCUUCUGCCCCAGCCCCGGGCAGCCUUGCCCCAGCUCUCCGGCCUUGACCCUCGAAGGGACUACCACUCUGUCCGCCGGCCGGACGUGCUGCUGCAUUCCGCGCAUCACGGCCUGGACGCCGGCAUGGGCGACAGCCUCUCUUUGCACGGCCUUGGGCAUCCCGGCAUGGAAGACGUGCAGUCAGUUGAAGAUGCCAAUAACAGCGGCAUGAACCUAUUGGACCAGUCAGUCAUUAAAAAAGUUCCUGUCCCUCCCAAAUCUGUGACUUCUCUAAUGAUGAAUAAAGAUGGCUUCUUGGGAGGAAUGUCAGUCAACACCGGCGAGGUAUUUUGCUCAGUCCCAGGCCGUUUAUCUCUACUCAGUUCAACUUCAAAGUACAAAGUUACUGUGGGUGAAGUUCAGAGAAGGCUCUCGCCCCCUGAAUGCCUCAAUGCGUCUCUCCUGGGCGGCGUCCUCAGAAGAGCAAAAUCGAAAAAUGGGGGGAGAUCCUUGAGAGAAAGGCUAGAAAAAAUCGGUUUGAAUUUACCCGCGGGCAGGCGCAAAGCAGCAAAUGUCACGUUACUCACCUCCCUGGUAGAAGGGGAAGCUGUUCACUUAGCUCGGGAUUUUGGGUAUAUUUGUGAAACAGAGUUUCCUGCUAAAGCCGUGUCCGAGUAUUUGAACAGACAGCACACAGACCCCAGUGACCUGCACUCCAGAAAGAAUAUGCUGCUGGCCACCAAGCAACUUUGUAAAGAAUUUACGGAUCUACUGGCUCAGGACCGGACACCGAUCGGAAACAGCCGGCCCAGCCCCAUCCUGGAGCCGGGCAUCCAAAGCUGUCUCACCCACUUCAGUCUUAUCACGCACGGCUUCGGUGCCCCGGCCAUUUGCGCUGCACUCACGGCCCUGCAGAACUAUCUCACCGAGGCGCUCAAAGGCAUGGACAAGAUGUUCUUGAACAACACCACUAACAGGCACACGUCUGGGGAAGGCCCAGGGCAACGCGCCCCACGCGUGUGACAUCGAGAGACGCGAUGGAUGCGCCUUGCUCUUACUGUGCAGGUCCUGGGAACAUGUGGGCCACUGAAGCCCAGUGGUGUUGAGGACAUAGAAUCAGCAGCUGCUGGGGUCGCGAGCCGCAAAAGCCCCUUUGCUCUCCGCCUCACCCUAAGGGCUAAGGCAACCGAGAAAGGCCGGUUCCCGAGUAGGUAAAGGGGCGGCGCUCCACUGGCUGCUGGGGGGGAGGUAUCCCAGAGCUCUGUAAAGCCCUUUUGCCGCAAGCGGUCAUUCCUGGCCCUACACUUAGAAACGUUGUAGCUUGGAAAAUCCAAGGAAUUUGAAACUUCCAUGUAUUUUUAUUGCUAGGAAGGAAACUGUCCCUACACUUACUCUACUGAAGAAUUGCCAAUCUUGGGUAGCUAGGCUCCCAUCGACUUCCUGGUGUCCGUGUGAACAUCAGCGAAGGUACUGCUAGGUAGACCUGGCUCGAGCCCCCUCCCCCCUUUCUCCACCUCCGGGGCUGUCUUCUGUUUCCGUCCUUUUUCUAGCUCCCUCUUUCAAGUCCCUUCCGCUCCCAUGCUUUUCUUGGCCAAGCCGGCUACAUUUAUCUGAUAAUUGAGUUAUUAAAAGAUUUGUUUUCCUUAGGUUUAUAAAUCAAUAAACAGUAGGAUUAACGCAAGAGUUUGCCUUUUAAGUCAAGAAAAACAUUUAAGGCCAGGCCCUUUGAGUUUUGUUUUCAAACCAAACAGGUGAGUUAACAGUCCUAUCCUCUCCCCUAGCACUCUGUAGACGUCUUAUCUAGGCCUGCAUUCCCUCCACUCCCCUACUAAAUGCUGGGUUCCAAAACCAAAUAGCUAAAGACUGAAGAGUAAGCCCAUAGCUGCUGGCGUUCCCCCAAGGCUCUCAGAGACCCUGCAAUACAAGCGUUCUCCUACUUGUAUUCUGGGUCUCAUGGAGUUUGUUCAUGGGUGAGGAUUCCCUCUCCAGAGACCUUUAACUUUCAUCCCAACUAGGAAGUAACUUUCUUUUCUUCCUUUCCCCUACUUAUCUUGGAUAUGCCCCUCCGCCCCUUCUCCCCCCCCCCCUUACCCUUCACCCUUAACUUUCUCCACCCCUAUAUAAAGAGCUCAACAGACUUUCAAAGAUCUGUCUGACUUUUGUUGGCAUUGGCCAAGAAACUUUCUCUUAAGAAAUUAUUUCAUAGCCUAUGGAAACUGGUCGAAUGAAAAACUCCAAUCCCUCAACUUUUCUACACACUUCCUUCAUGGUUACAAGACCCACCCUUAGUUAGAGUAUUGAUAGAAAAUUUGCCACCAUACCUGAUAUCCUGUACUUUUAAUACAUUCUGUGGGGAGGAAAUUAUGACCUUAAACCGUCAGACACUGCCUCAAGAGCUCUGAGAAAGAAGAGUUCCCCUCCUUUGCUGAUGUAUAUUAAAUUAUUGGUAAAAGAAAAAAAAGGAAGUAUUGGAAUUUGUUUUCUUUGAAAAAAAAUCAGAAUGAACGCCAUUUCUUCUUUAAAUGCCAAAAUUGGUUCUCCUUUUGAGUUGGCCUCUAAUUCAGUACUAUUGGUUUGACCACCCAGUCAAGAGGUACCGACUGCCUCUUCUGGAGAGCACUCUGGAGGGUAUCCAUGUUAAGUUUGUAUAUAUUUAUUUAUGCUUAAUUUAAUGGGAAUGUGUAAAUAUGAAGACCAAGUAGUUUGGGAUUAUUUAUCUGUGAAUCUAUACCUCUGUGAAUGGGUGGUUUAAAAAAAAAAAAA